ACUCCAAAGUUUUUGCAAUUCUGUACUGUACGGAGUGAGUAGUGUAUUUUAAAUUAAAGUAAACAAAUAUUUAUGAGGUACUAUGUAAUUUAAAAAACUCACCAUGAGGGAAGACAGAUAAAGUGCCAUUUAUUUUCUUUUAUACUAGUUUCAAAGCUGUGAUAUAUUCUAAUUAGUUAAAAAAAUGAACAAGACUUUAUUUAUACUAAUAAUUUUAGUUAAAACAGUUGUCAAUAAUGGGUAUAAAAUUCUGUCACAGAAAAUACCUACUGAGUUUUGGGAUGAAUCAGAGCCAUUUGGUAACUUUGAACAACCAUCGCCGGAUCUCAGACUCCCAGCUUAUGUUGUGCCAAGUUUUUACCGGCUAAAACUUCACAUAGACUUGGAAAACUCCAACUUCACUGGUGAAGUUUAUAUAACAAUCAGAGCAAGCCAACCAGUGAAAGAAAUUAUCUUACAUUCAAAGGAUCUCAGUAUUAAUAGUAAUGCUAGGCUAACUGAACAGAUUUAUGAAAGAGUUGAGACUUUUCAUUCAAAAUCCAAAAGGGAAGUUAAUUUAAGUAAUGAAACUAUGCCAACGGAAAAUAAUAUCCUCAACGUAACCUCUACUAUGUUAAAUGAAAAUACAACAACAAACACUCAAGUGACUAUUACAACUACCGCUCCAAGUACUGAUAUGGGAAGUCAAAAUAUUUCUGAAACAACAGCCCAGCCAAUGACAGAAACAGCAAUCCCAUCAAUAGAUACUCAAGUUACACACAGCAGUGUACGCAACAUUAAAAUAUUAUCAAUAACUGAAGCCUCUGGUGACAGACUGAUUCUUAAACUUGAAUCUGCCCUCUCAACCAAUGUGGAUUAUACCCUUCAAAUUACUUUCAGUGGUCAAAUAUCUAAUUCAUUAACAGGAUUUUAUAAAAGCUCAUACACAGACAGCCAACAAAUGGUAAAGAAGCUUGGAGCGACCCAGUUCGAACCUACAUCAGCUAGAGCGGCGUUUCCUUGCUUCGAUGAGCCAGCCUUUAAAGCCAUGUUCGAAAUCAGUAUCGCGCACCCUGACAGCAUCAAUGUACUCUCUAACAUGAAGGUUUCCACACAAGAAGUCAUAUCAGAUGAACCUGGGUGGAAAUGGACGCAUUUCGAACGCUCUGUGAACAUGUCAACUUACUUGGUGGCAUACGUUUUAUCUGACUUCCAAUCUUUAGAGACGAGCUAUCUAAGCAAAGAUAACAUAACCAAAUCAAUCAGAGUUUGGACAAGACCAGCGUUGAUCAGCAAAGCUAAAUACGCACUCAAUAUAACACCGAAAUUACUCAGCUACUAUGAAGACGUGUUCGGUGUACCAUAUGCGUUAGAUAAGGUGGAUCUUGUUGCUGUGCCCGAUUUCUCCAGUGGGGCGAUGGAAAAUUGGGGCUUGAUAACAUUUAGGGAAACUACGUUACUUUUCGACGAAGUAGAUGGUGUUCCACGAGAAAGACAAAACGUAGCGAUCGACGUGGCUCACGAGCUUGCACACCAAUGGUUCGGAAACCUAGUCACCAUGCGAUGGUGGACAGACCUCUGGCUGAACGAGGGUUUCGCAACAUACAUAGAAUAUAUCGGAGUAGACUACAUCGAACCCAAAUGGAAUAUGUUCGAAACAUUCGUACGAGACAAGAUGGAGUUGCUCCGUUCCGAUGCCCUCAAGAAUACGUCACCAGUAUCGAGACAGGUGAUCGACGCCUCUGAAAUAUCUCAGAAGUUCGACGAAAUCUCAUACAAUAAGGGCGCCAAUCUGAUCAGGAUGCUUAACCACACCAUAUCUGGGGAGUUGUUCCAUAAAGGACUGGUCAUCUAUCUCAAUGAUUGGAAAUAUACUAACGCAGAAGAGAACGACCUUUGGCAAGCGAUGUCAAAAGCGACAUCUACAGAACCGUCACUUCAGGGUGUCUCUAUAGUGGAGAUGAUGAAUACAUGGACCAGACAAGCCGGAUAUCCGGUACUUAACGUCACUAGGGAUUAUUACAAUGGACAGGCAGAAUUCCACCAGAGGUUGUUUUCGAGUACCAAGGAUCCUUACUCCAAAAUGCUUGACCAAUUGUGGUAUAUUCCUAUCAGCUACGCCGUCAUCGACAGUCCACAAGUAGACUGGACCACCAAACCAAAACUGUGGCUCACAAACCGUAGAAAAGUGACGCAAUUACCUAUCAAUAGUAGCGAAGCUCUAUACGUCAACGUGGAUGCUAUUGGUUACUAUCGCGUGAACUACGACAAAAAAAACUGGGAGCUACUCAAUGCAGCGUUGAAAUCUGGCCGGAUAAAGUCGCCUAUAGCUAAAGCACAGCUUAUUGACGACUCGUUCAACUUGGCCAAAGUUGCACAACUCGAAUACAGUUACGCAUUGGGCCUUACCACAUGUGUUGCGAACGGUGAAGACUCAAGGAUAGUAUGGGAUAUGUUGUUAAAUAAUAUGAACUUCCUGAAGCAUAAUUUGAAAGCUACUUCGGGAUAUGUCUAUUUUCAAGACUACAUGAGAAUGAUAUUGAAGACUCAAUUGGAACGUCUCAAUUACGGUCUAAACAAACCUAAAGACGAUAACGAAGCUUUCCUAGCUGAGAACCUGGUCAUGUGGGAAUGCGUCAUGGAAUCUCCUCGUUGCCUCAGUUGGGCACGAAACCUGUUCGAUGCCUGGAUGAACCAGACCGAUAUCAAGGAUAACCCUAUACCGAAUUACCUGCGCUCGCUGGUGUAUAGUGUGGCUUUGAAAUAUGGCGGGAGGCGUGAGUUUGACUUUAUGUGGCGUGUGUUCAUUGAAUCCACUGAUCCUAAUGUCAAAAGUCUCGCUAUCAACACGCUGCCGAGUACCAGGGACGAGGCACUCAUCACUACGUUGCUAGAGAAGAGUUUGACGGAGAUACCUAAACAGUACGCGGUUGCGGCUUGGAGCGUGGAAUCGCCGGUUGGAACGCGUUUAGCCCAACAAUUCCUUAUAAACAACUUCGAUCGGGUCCACAGCAAGUUUAGUAACAUGGACUCGUUCAUGUUCCCCGCUGUACUGAGCGGUGCAUUCGGAGGCAUAUACAAUGAGGACGAACUCAACGAGCUGAAGAGUUUAGCGGUGAAACACAAACAACAGUUGUUGCCGAUGUCGCAAACUCUACAGAAGUUGAUCGAUACAGCCACACUACGCAUCGCGUGGUUACAACGAUACGCAGCUGACAUCAACGCUUGGUUUAAGAACUAUGUGACAAACGCCAGAAUGGCCCAUUCUACAACGCCAUCUAGCGGCGCAUCUGAUAUAACUGCAUCGUCAAGUAAUACUACCGCCACAUUACCAGACUUUAGCAACACUCCCACCGUCAGCGACGUAGACAAUACAUCGCCCACGAACCGUUCUGCAAACGUCACAGAAGCCCCACCAAAUUUAUAAUAAUUAUAAGUAAUGUUUGAUAUUUUACUUAAUUAUUACAUAUGACAAUCGCCUGCCACCACCAAUCCUAACCUUCUUUUAUAAAAUGAGGACCAAGGUUUGUCAUUGGUUUAAACCAUUGCCGCCUAAGGACAAUUCACCGACUAAAAAUAAUAUGAAGUUGAAUAAAGAAAUUAAUACAUAUUGACUUAUUUUGGUCGGAUAAUAGUUUAAACUUGGUACUAUAAAGUUAUUCCUUAUUUUAUAAUAGGACAGAAGCAAUUUAUGUAAAGAGAAAUGAUUAACAAUUUGUCUCAAGUUAUUAAAUAUAUAUAACUUAGCAAAGCAGUUAAGGCAUCAUCCAUUUAUAUGUCUCUUUUCUAAUUAACAAGUCAAAGUUCCUUCUGUUGAAUCAUUGUUACACAAGAAUCUUAUUCUCAUUAUUUAAAAAAACUAUCAAGGCAGUGCCUUUCCGCCGAGUAAGAAGAAGUAAGAUAAAUAGCCCAUCUUCCCCCUGAAUUAUCUUAUGUAAUAAAUAGAUGGCGUCUUAACGUAAUGUUUUACAAAUAUAAAUAAACGUAGUCACUAGACAUAAAAAAUAUUUAGCAUUAUGUAAUACACGAUCUGAUUUAUUUUAAUUUAAUCCGACUGCAACAUUACCGUCCAUCAGGCCAACGUCCAGCGUCAAUACUUAUACCACCAAGCACCAAGCAUAAAAAUACCACCAAGCAUAUUCAAACUUCAUGAACUGUCUCUCUACUCGUUGAAGAUUGGACGAAUAAUUAGGAGACUUUUGUUAAUAUAAUUGUGCCAAAUAGAUUUAAAAUUAUGGCAAUUAUAAUAAAAUAAUUUGAUAUUUGUCUUCUAAAUUAUUAUUAGUC